GGGAGGUGUUGGAGCCAUGAGCAGCAAGAAGCAUCGCGACGAGAACUACGGGUUCAAGCGGUCGUCGGGCGUUGACUACACGCAGGUCAGGUGGAGCCCGCAUCUGUGGAAGCCGUUUUGGUCGGCGCCAAGUCCGCUACGAUGGAUGCGUUUGUGCGGAUGCUGACGGGCCAAGAAGAGAAGUUGUCGAUGGCAGAAAGGCUCGCGGGUCCGUCAAAUCGGCCGACAUGGGAAGAGUUCAAAAAGGAGAACGGGGACAAGCUCUCCAUGAGCGCUUCUAGUCAGGAGAAGGAGAUGCUCGAGUACCGGCGGCAACUCGAUCUCGAGCGAGAGAAGGUGCUCAAGAAGCACAGCAAGAAGAGCAAGAAGCGGCGGAAGCACCACCACUCGUCCGAUUCGGACAGCUCCGAUGAAGACCGUUCGUCGAGUGACGACGGCGCCAGGUCGAAGAAGAAGCACAAGAGGAAGCACAAGAGCAGCAAAAGCAGCAAGAAGCACAGGUCCUCCAGCAGCUCGCCCAUGCGGCUCUCUUCGUUUUUCAACGAGACGUCAUAGGAGGUGUAAUGCACUUCAACUCAGAUGCAUUAUCUCGUUA